CUGAGAAUAAUCCAAAUGUUGCUAUUUCUUCAUCAGAGACAAGUGAGAUAUGUGUUAGUUUGCAAUACAAAUUAUCUACAUCAGAACAGCAAUUAUAAUGAUUAUGGUGACCUGAGAUCACCCAUUAUCACAUCAGGAAAACAUUACUGGGAGGUAGAUGUAUCAAUGAAAAGUGACUGGAUCCUGGGGGUAUAUGGUAAAAAAUGUCCUGACUCCAAACUUAUGGAUAAUCAACCUAAAUAUGGUUACUGGGUUAUAGGGUUACAGAAUCAGUUGGAAUAUAAUGCUUUUGAGGACUCUUCCUCCCCCAAUCCCUUGAUAAUAACCCUUUCUCUGAAUGUUCCUCCCUGUCGUGUUGGGGUUUUCAUAGGUCAUAAUGCUGGCACUGUCUCAUUUUUCAAUGUCACAAGCCAUGGGUUUCUCAUUUACAAAUUCUCUUCGUGUUCCUUUUCCCAGGAAAUUUUUCCAUAUUUCAGUCCAAUGAAAUGUGCUGCCCCCAUGGCACUGUGUUCUCCAAACUCUUAACCUUUUAUACCCUCACCCACUUCUGUGUGUGCCUCUGACCUUGGGUGCAUCUAAUACACUGGGUUAUCUGCACCAUUCUAACCAUAUUUU